AUGGUGAGAACUAGAAAUCAAAGGAAAGGGAAGAUACCUCGAAGAGGGGUCACCGACAGUUCACCACAGUACACCGGCACCGGAGCACCCUCAAACCCACUGUGCAUCGAAGAAGAAAGCCCCAACACCGUCUUUAUGGACCCGGUCCCAAUCUCCCAAGUGCCAUUCAAUGAAAUUCAAGAACAACAAGACACCACUCCAGGUAACCUAAACCUUGUUGUUGAUUUGAAUGAAGGAACUACGAAUCCCCUACCCACUGCGGUAGAUUUAGGGGAUAACAUCAUCCAAGAUCCGAAUGAUGAUCUCUGCCAAUUGAUGUUUGCCCUAAAACAAGGAAGGGUUCCUCCCAACCUAGGAACAGAGGAAGAGUCCGAAGGAGACUCACAACCCAGCCCAAUGAACACCGGACCCCCUAUAAAAGGGGAAGAGGAAAUUGCCCCUAUAUCAGACAGAGAACUGAGGAAAAGAAAAAGAAUAGACCACUACGAAGGGGCAGAUCCUAGGGCUAAAAAACCAAGUGACUUCCCAGAAAGAGUCAAGACAAGGACUGGCAAUCAAGAAAAGGGUAAAAGGAAAUCAAAUGCCAAAGAAAAAGGAAAACAGAAAGUGGUUGGUAGUGCUGACCUGUCAAAAUUACCAAAACCCCACAACACAACCUUUUUGAGAAAAGAAUCUGUGAGCUUAUGGAAAAAGAUUGUGGAGAAAAAGGUUAUUAGCCAAAAAUUACUCAUCAUUGACAAACUGGACAACUUUGAACAGAUUCAAGAAAUCUUGAUCUCAAAUCAACUCUUGGGGACAGUCACCAACAUUGAACCCUAUGAUGAACAGGUCAUCCAAGAAUUCUACUGCAAUCUCACUAAAAACACCACCACACCUAGCAGUCCUAUGUACGGGAAAGUAUAUCUAAGGGGUAAGUUCUAUGAGUUUCGGCCUAAUAUAAUCAAUAGUUACUUGGGAACAACUGAAACUGAGCAGUGUGUGCAAGUAACUAGUGAACAAGUUGCUCAAGAGCUCACAGCCGGGAAUAUAGCUCUUGUCAAUUGGAUGCCUUCCUUACAUCUAUCCACUGUCAAAUGGACUCUGGCAGAACUACUGUACAAGAUUGGGAAAGGAAUCAAGUUCAACCUUGGAACCAUCAUCCAUUCAAAGAUAACCAAUCUAGCAGAAAAUACUGUGACAAACUCCUCCAUAAUCUUCCCAAAUCUGAUUUUUGCUAUCUUGACAAAACAGGGCCUCAAAACCCAUGGACCAAAAACCCAAGUCAAUGCCAUCAACACUACCAUGAAACUGAAGAAAGGAGGGCACCGGAAUGACUUGAAAAACACAGUGCCAAAAAACAAUUCAACAGAUCAGAAAAAUCUGAUAAACUACUUUGAAAGAAGACUGACUGAGCUACAAGCAUCAGAAAAGCAUGUCAUAAGGAUGCACAUGGACAUCAAAGAAGAGAAAUCAGAAGUCCUUCAAUGGCUAAAAGCCCUUAAACCAGAAGUUGAAGAAGAAAAUGAAGAAGAUAAUGAGGAAGAAGAAGGCCAGGAAGAAGAAGACCAAGAGGAUGAAAGCCAGGAGGAUGUUGAAACCUCAGGUUCAACAGCCUCAAGUUGA